AUGGCAGAAGUGCGCGAAGAGCCAGCGGAGCGAGAGCCAGCGCCGGCGCGCCGGCGCACCUCCAAGCCGCCCCAGCGUUCCACAACUCAGGCCGCAGGUGAGUACCGUCCCCCCGCGCCGGUGGCGCGGCAGAAGCCCGAAAAGAGGUGCAAGCCGCAGGCAGCGGUCCCCGACAGAGCCUGGGACACGCAGGUGAGGCACCGGUGGACGGUUACUUGCCGCCGGUGCAAUAAACAGAUCAUGACGGUUGUCAAUCACCGUAAGGUCAGGAAUCAUGAGAAGAAGAAGGUUUUCGAAUACCGGAUGCUUCGGGGAUUUUGGCUCCACCAGGCCAACGGCCAGCUUUUCGGCAGAGCCGGACUUCGAGGCAAUCAAAAGCGGCUAAGCUGCCAAAAGAGGCUUCCAGGCGACUGGGACGUGUCACGUGCUUCCGACCGACGACUCGAGCGCCGAAUCUUAAAGGGCCAGCUGCUGAAGCACCAGUUCCAGUUCCAUGCUGGCGAAGAGUGUGCACCUAGGGCUUCGGAGAUGCGCUUUGAGGAGCAGUGUGGCUUGAAACGCCGGAUGGAUGGUGUUAAAGUGGAGGAUCAUGGUGAUUACGAUGGUGAUGAGGGCGCAGAAGACAGAGCUUUGGCUCGGGAUGUGAAUGACUCUGAGCACACCGAUGAUGACUUGUAA